CCUUUAUUUUACCUGGGCGUCUGACUUCUGGAGUCAGCUUGGAGGUCGCUGUGGAAGGAGUUGUGUCUCUACCUACCUGCGUGCUGUUGCUACAGUUACCUGGGCAGUUUUUUUAUUUUGCUUUGUCGGUUCGGUUUUCCUUUUGUGCGGGGCUGAGAACCUGGGCAGAGGCUGGCGAUGACUUCCCCGGUUAUGCAGAACUUUCGGGAGGCGUUCAAGCUCCUCACGGAUACUCAAGGCUUUGAUAGAGUUUUAGAAAAGGUUAAGAUUCUUUCUACAAGCCCUGGAAAGCUGGUUUGUGAAAUGAAAGUUGAAGAAGAACAUAUCAAUAGGGCGGGCACUCUACAUGGUGGUUUAACAGCAACUCUGAUAGAUGUCAUAUCUACAGUUGCUUUGAUGAACACAGAAAGGGGAAAACCUGGAGUCAGCGUGGACAUCAACGUAACGUACAUGUCCCCUGCUAAGGUAGGAGAAGAAAUAUUGAUUGCUGCUCACAUUCUGAAGCAAGGAAAAACUCUUGCCUUUGCAACUGUGGACGUGACAAACAAGACCACGGGACAGUUGGUAGCACAGGGGAGACAUACUAAACACCUAGGAAGCUAAAAGCACAAUUUCUUUAAAGCUGUUCAAGAAGCAAUCAUAAUUGCAUUGUAUUUACAUUUGAAGUAACCUAUUUUAAAAAACUGAACUUUAAAAAUAAAUAAAAUUAAUUCUGUGCAAGCUGCUCAGAAACAAAGA